GGAGCGGCUCCCGCGGUCAGGUUGCUUCGAUCGCGAUCGCCGCCCCAACCUGUUGCUGAUAAGACAACUUGAGCCUGCUGCACACAGUCAUCGCGUUCGUCGUCGUUGAGGUGUUCCACAGAACUUUGGGAAUCCCGCGCGGCGUGGUGUGCGUUUCGCCGUUGUUGUCGUCGUCGCGAUCGAUCAUCAUUGUCUCUCGACGUUGUUCUGUGAGGUUCAGUUGAGUCGAGUUCGCGGAGUCAAACGGAAGAUUAGUACGGGCGGACUCUGCUGUAGUACUUGCUAGCUGGAAAAAAACAAUGACGUCGAGUCGUGGGAGUUUGUGGACGAGUUUAGGGCUGCUGGGUGUGAUCUUGGCGGUCGUCGUACAGGGUCAAGAGGUUUGCAAUGCUCCGGACGGGAAGCCUGGUCGGUGUAUUCUGCUGCGAUCGUGCAACAGUUUGUUCGCGUUGAUCAAGAAGAAGCCGUUGGAGCAGGAAGAUCGAGCCUUCCUGAGCCGUAGUCAGUGUGGGUGGUCUCGGACGGAGAAUCACCCGCUGGUCUGCUGUAGCGAUCCGCUGGAGACCCCGAUCCGGGUUGGGGCAUCUCUGUUGCCGGCGGUCGGAGUCUGCGGCAUCCAAACCAGCGAUCGUAUCAUCGGAGGGACCAACACGAAGAUCGACGAGUUCCCGUGGUUGGCACUGCUCAAGUAUGCAAAACCCAACGACCUGUUUGGUUUCCACUGCGGUGGUGUGCUCAUCAACGACCGUUACGUGCUGACCGCGUCGCACUGUGUCAACGGAAGGGACAUUCCCACCACCUGGAAUCUGGUCGAAGUUCGCCUCGGUGAGUGGGACACCUCGACGGAGCAGGACUGCGAGGGUCUCGGAGUGGACGCGGACUGCUCGCCGGAUCCGAUCGACGUGGUGAUCGAGAACAAGCUGCCCCACCCCCAGUACAACCCCCAGUCGACGGAACAGUACAACGACAUCGCGCUGCUCAGGCUGGCCAGCCGCGUGUCCUACUCGGACUUUAUCAAACCGAUCUGUCUGCCCCGGUCGGCGGAUUUGCGCGAGAAGAGUAUCGUCGGGCUGAAGCUGCAGGUCGCCGGUUGGGGUCGUACGGCCACCGCUCGGUACAGUGCGGUGAAGCAGAAGGUCGGCGUGGACGGGGUUGAUCUGGCGCGGUGUAACCAGGUGUACCAGAAGGAGAGUGUCACCCUGCUCGAUGGUCAGCUGUGCGCUGGGGGAAUUUCCGGCAAGGACUCGUGCCAGGGCGAUUCUGGCGGACCGUUGAUGGGUGUUGCGACGAGCGGAAACGUGCAGUUUUGGUACCUCGCCGGGCUGGUGUCCUUUGGGCCGACUCCUUGCGGACAGGAGGGAUGGCCCGGGGUGUACACUAAGGUGGCCAAGUACAUAGACUGGGUCGAGAACUCGUUGCAACCGUGAACGGAUCUAGAGUGAGACAAUAGAUAACGAUUUUUUGAAGAGUAA